GAGAGGGGCGCGGGAGCGCACCGCCAUGGCCAGGGAGGAAAGCAAGGCUCUGCUGGACGCGCUCAACAAGACGACCGCGUGCUACCACCACUUGGUGCUGACCGUCGGCGGCUCGGCGGACUCGCAAAACCUGCGAGAGGAGCUGCAGAAGACGCGCCAAAAGGCGCUAGAGCUGGCCGUGGCCACCGGCGCCCGGCUGACGGUCGCGCUGCGCGACAAGGGUCUGGCCGCCGAGGAGCGCACAGAGUUCGAGCGCCUUUGGGUGGCUUUUUCCGGCUGUUUGGACCUGCUGCAAGCCGACAUGCAGCGUGCAUUGGCGCUGGGCGCCGGCUUCCCGCUGCACGCGCCCCGACGGCCGCUGGUGCGCACGGGUGUGGCGGGCAGCUGCUCCGGCGUGGCGGCCCGCGCCCUGAGCGCCCGCAGCCUGAGGCAUGAGGCAGAGCGCGACUUCGACCGCGCGGAUCUGCAAGAGUUGGAGCGAGAGGUCCUUCAGGUGGGCGAGAUGAUCAACGAAAUGGAAAUGAAGGUCAACGUGCCCCGCUGGACAGUGCAGGCCCGGCAAACCGCUGGCGCCGAACUCCUGUCCAGUGCCAGCGCCGGCGCCUCCUCAGCCGUGUCGGUACCGGAACGCACGGGGCCCUGCGACCUCAGCAAGGCUCUGGCUGCCACGGUUUUCAGCGCGGUGCUGCUGGCGGCUGUGGCUCUGGCCUUGUGCGUGGCAAAGUUGAGCUGACCCUCACCGGCUGGUCGCUCGCCGCCGCCGCUCCCUUCACGGAAACAAGACUCGAGAUGGGCUUGAGUUCUGCGCUGUUAGGGGAGCGGCACUAAAACAGUGUGUGUGUUGUGGGUACCUGCUCAUUUCAUGCACACCCCUCUGGGGGCACGACAUCGCUUUUCACUUGCUGGCCCAGGAGGAGUUAACUUUCCCGGACCGUCAGGGCAUUACAGCUAAUGUCUGCAGGAGCUUUAUUCCCUAUUAAUAGAAAAAGGCACAGAGUGACCCCAGAUUUCGUCGUGUUAUUAGGGCAUUGUUACACGGGGUCCAAAUUUGUUGCCCCACCCUACGAGUGUCCCCCGUUGUCUGUCUACUGUGACAGUUUGCAAGUGGGUGAGGUGGGAGGAAACCUGGAGGGCACGGUGGUUUUGCUCUCUAUGGGUAGUUUUGUUGUUUUUUUUUUUUUUUUUUCCUGGAUAAGAAACAAAUUGCAAUAAGACAAGCAGUUUUUAUUACCUUAAUCCUGUGGGGCCUAUGCUUAGAAGAGUGUGCAGAUAGAAGUGCAUAGCCUACAAAGUGCUUUCCGAGUGGUGCACUGUUGUGCUCUUGGCAGAGUUUAUGCAUUAGUCACCAAAAGCUGCUAUAGAGAGGUUUGGGGUUGGGACCUCCCACUGCUCUGCAGGGUCUGACCCUAUUUAGGAAACCAAAGAAGACGGUUGAACCACCGUGGCAGGAUUAUAUCCGCUGCACACUCUUGGCCUGCAGAAAAGGACCCUCCUUAGCCCACCCAGGAUGGGGGAAAGAGGGGUCAGGAGGCUUUGGGGAGAGCCACAUGCUAUAGGAACAGGCACUUUCUCCUUCGCAAGGGCUUAUUUUCAUUCCACAACUAGACCAGACUGUUUGAUCCUCCUUUGAGGGAGGGCUGGGGAAUCCUCUUUGGAGUACUUAAUCCUAUCUACCCCAGAAUUUGCUUGCUGGCCAAUAGGAGAGCUGGCUUUGGAGGGAGCUGCGUAGCUCCCUGACCCCUACCCUGCCCAAAGAGGGUAAUGUGGCAUUACUGGCCUACAGAGGGUUUUGGCCAAUCAGCUCCGAGACUGAGUUAGAAUUUGUAACAGUUUUAAAUUGGAAUUUAAGAAGCUUUUUUAGAAAAUAAUAAUCAUCAGAAAGAAAAAAUCACAUCAUGUACCGUUGAAGCCAUUUUUUUAAAAAAUAAAGGACAUUGGGCCACAAAUUCAUAUGUGCCAAUGAGCCAAGUAUAAAACUUAGGUUACUGAAUAUACAUCUGCAUCUGUUUUAAAAAUCUAUAUUCUUAAAUAUAGAUUGAAUUUUGAGGUUGUAGCAUAAACUGCUGGUGUGGAUGACAGAAGUAAGCGGCCCUGAUCAAUAAAUAAGGAAUUGUGGAAAACACUGUUGGUCCCAUUUGCCUGAGCAGUACUGCCAGCUUCCCCCUGGAGUCCAGAGAGGGGUCUGUCAUAUUCCUGGGGGAAGAGAGGCUAAGAAAAUUGGUGUACAAAACUUUAAAGGUAAUCUAAACAAAAGAGACUUUGCCGGGCACGGUGGCGCAUGCCUAUAAUCUCAGC